AUGAGUGCUGUGCAGGCUGCUUUGCUACUUUUGCCAGAUAAAUUCACGCUUGAUCAGUUUUAUGCGGAAAUUGUGUCACUUUCAUAUCGCGGUGAUUUUCGACUGUUAUUCGGUGAAGAUCGAGCCAAAAUUCGGAAAAUUGCUGAGGGAAGCCGAGCUGAACUCGAGCAAAUUUACUUGCCACUCCUGAAAACCAGCAAUGAUGUUUCUGUGCAGUACAGUAAUGUUGAGCAGGAUACAAGGAGUGCAGCAAUGUAUGAUCGAAUUGUUCACUUGCCAGUGAAUAUACUUCGAAAUUUACAACACCAGUUCAACAGUAGGAGCGGUAUGCAAAACGACGUCGGUCUGUUUUUGAACUAA